UUUAGAACCUGACGGCCUGCGGACGUGUCUAAUAUUCCCAUGAUAACCUAAGAAAAACAAAUAAUCAUCAAAGAUAAAAACAAAACACUGUGAUAAUCGACAAGAUGAACAGGAAACUGCAGACCAUCUCCAGAUAUAUACUGAGGCAGCGAUGUGUGCUUAGCUCGAUGCGCAGCAUCUCCACCUCGCUGCCCAUCCUGAUUAGCCACAAGCACAAGGUGGGCAAGGAUCCCCUGGUCUACCGCACCAUUGGCCAGCAGUUGGAGCUGACGGCGGCGAAUCAUGGCGAUGUGGAGGCCAUCGUCUCCUGUCACGAGGGCAAGAGGUACACCUUCAAGGGAUUGCUCCAGGAAGCGGAUGCCUUGGCGGCGGGAUUCCGGAAGUUGGGCCUGAAGCCGGGCGAUGCAGUUGGACUCUGGUCGCCGAACUACAUGCACUGGUACCUGAGCAUGAUGGGAGCAGCUAGAGCGGGCCUCACCUCGGUGGGUCUCAAUCCCGCCUUCCAGGGCCCCGAGGUGGCCUACUGCCUGAACAAGGUCAAUGUGAAGGCCAUCAUUGCACCGGAGUCCUUCAAGCGACAGAAUUACUACGAGAUACUCAGGGAUAUCUGUCCGGAAAUCGCAGAUUCGGAGCCUGGCAAGAUCCGGAGUGAUAAGUUCCCCCAUCUGCAGUCCGUGAUCAUCGACAGCUACGACGGUCUGAAGGGUGCCCUGCGCUUCGAUGACUUCCUGGACCUGGCCAACAAGUCGGAGCGCGAAGAGGUGGCCAAAAUCCAGAAGGACAUCCUGCCAGAGUCCGCCUGUAAUAUUCAGUUCACCUCUGGCACCACCGGCAAUCCCAAGGCGGCUGUGCUAUCGCAUCACAACUUCGUGAACAAUGGCAUCCACGUGGGCAAUCGCAAUCAACUGGAGGGUGAGAGGAUCUGUGUGCAGGUGCCCAUGUUCCAUGCCUUCGGAGUGGUCAUCACCAUCAUGGCUGGUCUGACCAAAGGAGCCACCAUGGUCCUGCCCUCUCCAGGCUUCAGUCCCAAGGACUCGCUGCAAGCUAUCUCCAGUGAGAAGUGCUCGGUGAUCCAUGGCACGCCCACCAUGUAUGUGGAUCUGGUCAACACCCAGAAGAAACUGCAGGUGCCGCUGGGCAGGGUUAAGAAGGCCAUUACUGGCGGGGCCAUUGUGUCGCCGCAGCUCAUCAAGGAUAUAAGGGAGAUCCUUAAGGUGGAGACGGUGCACAGUGUUUAUGGUUUGACGGAGAGCACAGCUGUGAUCUUCCAAUCCUUGCCCGGUGAUAGCAGCGAUGUAGUCCUAAAUUCGGUGGGUCAUCUCACGGAUCACGUGGAGGCCAAGGUGGUGGAUGAGGAGGGCAGAUGUGUGCCCUUUGGACAGCCCGGGGAAUUGUGUGUCCGCGGGUACAUCACCAUGUUGGGCUACCACGGUGACGAGGAGAAAACGAAGGAGACCAUCGGUCAGGACAGGUGGCUGCGGACCGGAGACCAGUUCAUCCUGGAGUCCAAUGGCUACGGAAGGAUCGUGGGUCGCCUCAAGGAGAUGCUCAUUCGGGGCGGCGAGAACAUCUUCCCCAAAGAGAUUGAAGACUUCUUAAAUGCCCACCCCCAGGUCAUCGAAGCUCAUGUAAUUGGAGUGCCCGAUGAGCGACUGGGCGAGGAGGUCUGCGCCUUCGUUCGCCUUGAGGAGGGCGUUGAACCCGCCUCCUUCACCGCGGCGACCUUGAAGGAGUACAGCAAGGGCAAGCUGGCCCACUUUAAGGUGCCCAAAUAUGUGAUCCCUGUGGACGCAUUCCCCAAGACCACCUCCGGCAAGAUCCAGAAAUUCAAGCUGAUGGAGGCUUUUAAGCAGAAGCAGCCCUCAGAACUGAAGGCCUUUAGCGCUUAGUUGUGUAAUAAUUGUAAUAUUUUUAAUAUAACAUUAAAUCUAGCUUUUAUACAUAGA